AGGAGGCGUCUGUGAUGGCCGCAGCGCAGUCAAUAAUCUUGUUGUUUCUGGUAGCGGUCCUGGGGAAGGCUGAACCGGAGCAGGAAAACGAUACCCUGUACUCGGAGGAAGAUCCCACGAAUAAAACGGGGCCCAGCGAGAUACCCGAGGUUCGGAGGGAACAGAGAGCUGGACGCAGAGCGGGCAGUUUGUCAGCCUGCCCCUGUGAUCUGCACCCAGGCUUCUGUGACCUCAACUGCUGCUGUGAUUCAAGAUGUGGCUCCAAAUGCAGUGUGGAGGGCUCUGAGUGCCCCUUCUCCUUCUGUCUUCCAGGCAGCACCAGGGCUGUGAGUUGGAUGUGUUUAGAGAAAUCUCUCAUUUUCCAAAAUAACACCCCUUACUUUACUGAAAUAGUUUCUGAUUCUAAUGGAUGUACGUUGCUCUUCUGUGUGCAGCUAAAUAACUCAAAGCUGAACUAUUUCCAGAAGCCACGGGUAAUUACAAAAGAAAAUUUACCAGCACUGUUAGCACAAUAUGAAGGGCCAUCAUUCAUCUUACCAGAACAAACAGAGCCAUCUCCAUCUACCUUUUACCGGGUGGGGGAUCCAAUCCAGAUUUCCUUUGCUGCAUCAUCCAUAUUGAGUGUACUCAAACAACCGACAAGCAUGUUUGCCAGUCAACUUUGCGUUGAUGAAAAUCCCGCUGGUUUUCUGGAGAGUAAAAGCACAAGCUGCAUUCGCAUCUUUACCAACCUGACUAGAAGCUGUACCACUGAUCCUGCAUUGAAUGCAGCUUCAUACUACCGUGACUUCAGUGUGCUGAAGGUUCCAGUCAACUUGACUGUUUUCCAGCCUUUACAGGUCAAGAUAAUUCCUGUCUCAAUGCCUGCACCUCCCAGGAUGAUUGGCAGUACAUGCUACAAUGUUGUUUCUGAGGUGGUCUAUAAAGUGGAGUUCAAUGGGAUCCAUGGAAUUCAGAAUGUUUCUGUCCAGUUUAACCUGGCCAACAUAUAUGGAGAACCAAGAUCCAUACUGCAACAGCGUUUUUCUCUGAACUUUUGGAACAGAAGCCCUUUUAUCAACAAACAGAGAAGUGGUAAUCCUGGAUAUAUCACUGGAGCACCGCUAGUAGCUUUAUACAAUGACACUCAGCAAUACGUAACCGUUUUGCAGAAUCAAGAUAAUGGACAAUGCUCAGAGAAGAGAUACAGGAUACGGUUUAGAGAGAGCAUGAGGAGUGGCUGCCAGUUCAAUGCAUCUGUCAAGUUGGAGGAGACAAAUUGUGUCCACUUGCAGAAUAGUAUGUAUCAAGCCUUCCAGGGGCCACAUUACCCAGGGAGGCUAGCCAUAACUGGUAAUGCUGAUGCAAGCAAUCCGGGAGAAUGGAACAACAUCUUCACCCAAAGAUGCACCAUGCAAGGAAUACAGCCAAGUGUGCAUUGUAUGAUUCCCAUUUCCCUGGAGAUCCAAGUGAUAUGGGCCCAGGUGGGCCUUCUGUCUAACCCACAAGCUCAGGUUUUGGGAGCCCGGUACCAUUAUAUCUGCAAGCUGCAGUCCCUAGGUACCUAUAUCAACAUGUUGCCAUUGAUGACUACGGUUGCCUUCACCGAUGUCACCAAGUGGCCAGAGCCACCACGUAGCCAGCCCAGAGUCUACUGGAAACUCCCAUUUGACUUUUUCUUCCCUUUCAAAAUGGCAUUCAGUGGCGUUGGGAGAAAUUCAGGAAACCAAGCUGGCACCCUGCUGGUGACCUUAACAUUGUGUGGAUCACUUAUCUUGAACACUUGAACUGAAGAACCAUCUGCAAGGGUCAUAUCAAGCUGAUUGUGCUUUCUAUGACCUAGCCUGGAAUUAGGAUUGAUAGCUCCAUGGAUGAAGGAUUACUUUAGAUAAAGCUAAUCCUCCCAGCGAAAGGAGCAGUAUGGAACCUAUGUGUUAGAUGCCUGAGACACUUGGAGUCCAGAACCACUAGCCCAUGUUAUAUACACAUGUCACUAUAGCCAAAAUCUGGCUUUCAUCCCCACUCGGGUAAUUAUUAAUAGUUGUGCUAUAAGUGAUUGUGCUUUGUCUCGUCAUGAGUGAAUUUUCUUACUUUACCUUAGACUCGCUGUAUUUUAGUCUGAUCCAAGGUGAUACUGGCACAACUUCUGCAUAUGAUCUUAUUUGUGUCCCCAAAAGCCUUUCUAGGAAAUUGCUUUCAUGUGAAUAGGAGUCUUUCUAUCUUGAAGGAUACCAUAAAAGUAGGAGGAAACCUGUAACUUCAAGUAUGUUUUCCUUUGCUUGUUAGGGGUAAACUUGGGACACUUGGUAAUUCACACCUUUGAAAUAAAAGUUAGUACUCUAUCUACAUGGAUAAAGAAAUGGUAUCAUUUCUGUACUGAUGAUAACUUAAUCAUGUCCUCAUUGCUGUGACUUACCUUUUAUAGUUCCAGUUCUUGAUCUUUGUACCUGUUGCUGUGGUAAGAAUCAGCCUUUCCCAGAGGAGUUAAAGUUAUUAUUGAUAUGACAAUCACUGAACAAGAUACGUCCACAAGAAUGUCUGUCGCACUAGGAUCUGGGAAGUCCCCAUUGGGGUAAAAGGUGGGGAAUGAAUGAAUACAGCAGAAGCUGGUGUGGUGCUGCAUGGGGAUCUUUCAUUGUAUGGAUUUUAGGUACAUUUAAGUAUUAUGUGUAUAUGUUGUAUCAACAUGUGUAUUUGGUGGGAAAUGAACUUGUGUGUGUGUGUUGCAACUUAAGUUCUACUGAAGUUUCUCAAUCUUUUAUACUUUUAAUAAACACUCUUACCAGGUUCAGUAUAUAAAACACUCAGAAAGAUGAGGUAUCUUGUUACAAAAGAGUUUGCAUAUAUGAAGCUUCCACAUGCAUCUUCUCCCUCUAUGUGAACUAUCAGGUUUUGCAAAAGGCUACCUAUGUGAUUGUCAAUACCACUUUAUUAGCAUUAGCAGUUUUAUUCUUUUACUAUUAUUUCACAUUGUGGUAUGUAGAUGGUGUGUCAUGUAUCUUUCUUUCAGUAAUGAAACUUCAGAAGCGAUUACAAUGUUUUGUUCCUUGGCUUUCCUUUGAAUAAAAAGGAGUGUGGUACCUGGAA